ACAAAAAUCACAGCAGUUUAACAGAAGUGGACAAACAACACAACCAAUGCAAGAAUAACGAUACCAAGAUGUUGAUUUUAUUUAUUAACAAAAGAACCAUGAACAACUUUAUUCAUUCAUCUUCUAUACCGCUUGAUCCAUCAGGGUUGCAGGGGAGCUGGAUCCUAUCCCAGCUGACCGUGGUCGAGAGGCGGGGUACACCCUGGACUGGUCGCCAUUCAAUCGCAGGGCUGACACACAAAGACAACCAACUGCUCACGCACACACUCACACCAAAGGGGCAAUUUAGAGUAGCCAGUUAACCUAAUUUGCAUGUUUUGGGGAUUGUGGGAGGAAUUCGGAGAACACCCACGCAGACACAGGGACAACAUGCAAACUCCACACAGAAGAGCCCAGACCGGGGUUCUUGCUGUGAGGUGACAGUGCUAACCACUGUACCACCGUGCCUUCCUUUCUUCAUUCAAGAAAAAAAUGUCUUAUUUCUCCUUUUAAUCUGUAUCAUUAAUAAUAGUAUAAUCAGAGAGAGUCUUUCAGCAAGAAACACAUUUUAAUUAGGUUUAUUUCUCCAUUCAGUUAUUAAUGAAGCUGUAUGUCCCUGUGUGUCCGGCAGAAAUAUGGUUUAUCUGAAGCAUUUGUGCUGAUAACAAAACAUUAUAAUAACUAUAACCUGGGUUACUGAUGUAAAUGUAGAUGCAAAUCAUUAUGAACUUUAAAAAACUUGCUCUUGUUGCCAGUAGAAACAUGUUUCAUGUGCAUUCUGAGCAGUGAAGUACAUUUACUCACUGUGGUUCGACUGAUCUGAGCACAGUUUUUGUACAGGCAACAGAUUUAUAGUAAAUGGUUGUCAAACAGGGUAAAUACAAACUACAAACCAAGAACAGUCAGCACAGGACUGUAAAAGUCACCUGACUGCUGUGUUACUGGAGGUAAACAUGUUCUUUAAAAACAUGUUUACGUGUUUUUACUCCUCCUGUCUUCAGAGGCAGAGGUAGAGAUGCAAGAAAAAGAUGCAAGUGGGAGAAAUCCGGUUGCAAUUACGGGAAAUGAGAUGUGGGCUCCCACAGUAGUGAAAUGGGCACGGGUGUGAGCUGAAUGCCCCCGUACCUCGGGUCAGUAUCACACUGUAAAACCAGCCUAACGUCUAACCUCCAACUUCUGCUAAAUGGUCUCCACAGUGGCCACAAGUGAAAUUAAAGUGCCAGGGCUUUGCAUAUAAGAAAAAGUCAGUUUCUUCAAAAGUAACAGCUCGUGCUUUCUUUCCUUGUGCAGGUAAUUUUACAAGAUUACUUCCUCUCAGAUGAAACACUGGCCUUUUCAGAGAAAUGAGCCUCUGAUUCACCUGUACAGUCAAGAAUCCAAAGACGGGGUUUCCUCUUCAUAGUACCGUGAAGAAGCUCCUAUGCCACACACACCUUUGCUUUCGCAUGUGGCACACCCUGCAGAGCUUGUCUAACCUGCAAGGAAUGUGGUUCUAUUUCGAGUGGGAGGAGACUUUAUAUACACAAAGACAAGAGUCAUUUCAGACACACUGCAUCAAUCAUUUGCUGUGUUUUCCGGUGUAGUCCAAGCAAGAACUCCAGAGAUGGCCCAGAGAAAAGCUGCUGGCUCCUCCAGAGCUGCCAGACAAAGAUUCUGGUGGCAACUGAGACGGAGGUGGAGGAUGCUAGGGGUGUUUGAGAUCACCCCAGACCACGAGUUCUACCAUCUGACAUCCAUGAUAAAAGAAGGCAUGCAUGCUGUCAUUCAGGGCACUAUGGACACCCCAGGCCAGGACACACUCACAGCUGAACAUUUCAAGGCAGAGGAAGCUCAGACCCAUGAUGGGUUUGAGAUGCAGACGUAUGCAGCACCAGUGUUUGCUAAGCUGAGGCGUUCACUGGACAUCACAGAGGAGGAAUACAUGAACUCUCUCUGCUUAGGCGGCUGCUACCUCCAGUUUGUCAGCAACUCCAAAAGCAAGGCAGAUUUCUUUGUCACGAAUGACAAGAGGUUCUUCCUAAAGACCCAGAGCAGACGUGAGGUCAGGUUUCUUCUGUCCAAUCUACAGGCAUACAUGGACCACUUGGAGAAAUACCCUCAUUCACUGAUGGUGAGAUUUCUAGGUGUUCACAGGAUUGUUGUUCCAAAUCAGAUAAAGAAAUACUUCGUUGUGAUGCAGAGUGUGUUUUACCCUGAUGAGAGGAUCAACAUUAGAUACGACAUUAAAGGUUGUGCGGUGGGGAGGUGGACUAACCCCGACACAGGUGGGAAACAAAUAAUAAAGGUGCUGAAGGACAGGAACUUCGAAGGACAGUGCAUUGCAUUAGGUCCAGAAAAAUCCUGGUUCACCAAUCAAGUGAAAGCGGAUGCUGCUUUUCUUCAAGAACUCAAUGUGCUGGACUACAGUGUGCUGCUGGCCCAUCAACCUCUGCACCGAGACGAGCUCGAAGGAAAACACUCUUUGGCAAACCUCGUUAUUCGAGCAACAAAGUCUUUGGACUUGGAUGUCAGCCCCACAGGGUCAGACCCCCCCACCAUUCCAUUACUGGAGGAUACCAUGGGGCCAGAUACUACAGAUUGUGGGUCAGGCCAGCCACAGGCAGCAGCUGGGGGCACUAGUGAAGAAAUCCCCCUCCAGGAGAUAAACUGCCCUGCGAAAGAAACCAGCACUGAAUUACUGCAGGAAUUCCACAAGCAUCAUCACAGGCUGCUGCCCAACUGCAAAAACGCCAUUCAUGUGAUCGACGGGCCAGACCGACGCUACUUUGUGGGAAUUAUAGACAUUUUCACUGUCUACAACUGGAAGAAAAGACUGGAGAACCUGUGGAAACACCUCCGCUACCCAGGCAGGGCCUUUUCCACGAUUAGACCAGCUAAGUACUCCCACAGGUUCAGCCAGUGGAUACAGGAUCACACUCAAUGACAACAUGCUGAAAACAUUCAUCAGUUAUUAACACACGUGCUGCAUAAGCCCCAGUGUCCACCUGAUGGGGCUGUGAUUCAUUCUGUCUGCAACACAGUGACAUCCAGUGGACAUAUGAUGUACGAGUGCAACCAGCCAAUAAGUGUAGAGACUUCAUGUUUGCAUAGAAGUAGCCUUCUGUGCAGUUUCAGGGAUUUCUGGCUAAGGCAAUGUAGAUAAAUGCUUUGGGGGCCCAGGGUACUGCAGGGGCAGAGGUCUUUCAGCUCUGAUUUCUCCUCUUUCUCUGAUAUACUAGUUUUAUGUUGUGUUUAGAAACCCAAGUUUUUAAAACCUUCAAAGUUUUACUGAGUGAUUCAUACCAGUGAUGUAAAUAAUGUCAAUUUCCUUUUAUCACCACAGUUCAUUAGUUGGUAUUCCUUAUUUCUCUGACUCUUCAACAUGUUGUGUAUUUGUGUAUAAUAUAUGACACCAGUAUCUUCAUCUAGAAUUACACUUAGACAGGAACUAGGAAAGGAGAUUAGGAUUGCCUUGAACCAUUUCGUAGUAGUGCUGCUAUAAGCCUAGACUGCUUGUGAACUUCCCAUGAUGCACCAAGCUCUUCUCUCUCUUCCUCUCCACCUGUAUGUAUUCAUAUCCCGUUAAUGUUUGUUACUAACUCUGCUUCUACUCUCUCCUGUAGUUUUGUUCUCUCCUCUUCUCCUGUCGCCCUCUGCAGGUUCAUCUGCUUCCAUACUGCCACCUACUGCCCCAUUAUUAGUCUCAUUAAGUAUUGCUAUUAGUCUUAUCAUUAUCAGUUUUAUUAUUAUUACUGUUAGUCUUAUUCUCAGUCCUAUUAUCAUCUUAUUGUUAUCAAACAUCCUUAUGUGGAACCAGUCU